CCCGUCUCCACACUCGCUUUGCCAUGAAAAACUAAGUUUUCUACGAGAGUUUGACCUCGGGUCUAUGUGUGAAGAACUUUUGUGAAUUAAUAAGUUGGCCAGCCACUUUCAAAAGAGUUUGGUAAGCUGGCAGUGCUGCCAGGAUUUGGGAUCGGGGUGGGGAGCGGGGAGGGCUCCUGCUACCUUUGGGAGGUCUGUAUGCUUUCAACGCACUCAAACUGUGGCACCAGUGGCCGCUGGAUAUUGCUUUCUUUAGAUAAGUUUGCCUACUUCAGUCAAGGGUCAUAGACUUGAUUUAGAACCUUAGUCGAUGGAUUUGCCGCCCUCAAUACAACAUCAUUUUAACUGUACUUUCUCUCUAGGCUAGAAAUCGUGAAGCAUGGGUGACUGGAGCUUUCUUGGACGGCUCUUGGAGAAUGCACAGGAACACUCAACCGUGAUCGGCAAAGUCUGGCUGACAGUACUCUUCAUUUUUAGGAUUCUGGUGUUGGGAGCGGCGGCCGAGGAGGUCUGGGGCGACGAGCAGUCAGACUUCACCUGCAACACGCAGCAACCCGGUUGCGAGAACGUCUGCUACGACGAGGCCUUCCCCAUCUCCCACAUCCGCUUCUGGGUGCUCCAAAUCAUCUUUGUGUCCACGCCAACGCUUAUCUACCUGGGCCAUGUCCUGCACAUCGUUCGAAUGGAAGAGAAGCGGAAAGAGCGCGAGGAGGAGCUACGAAAGGCCAGUCGGCUCCAGGAUGAGAAAGAACUCCUGUAUAGAAAUGGAGGGGGAGGGGAGUCUGGUGGACGGGGUGGGGGCGGCGGCGGCAAAAAGGAGAAGCCACCAAUCAGAGACGAGCAUGGUAAAAUCCGCAUUAGAGGUGCCUUGUUGCGUACCUACGUGUUCAACAUCAUUUUCAAGACCCUGUUUGAAGUGGGGUUCAUUUUAGGUCAGUAUUUCCUCUAUGGUUUCCAGUUGCGGCCCCUGUAUAAGUGUGCUCGGUGGCCCUGCCCCAACACGGUGGACUGCUUCAUUUCCCGGCCCACGGAAAAGACCAUCUUCAUCAUAUUUAUGCUUGUGGUGGCUUGCGUGUCCCUUUUGCUGAAUUUGUUAGAAAUCUAUCACCUCGGAUGGAAGAAGGUCAAACAGGGCAUGACCAACGAGUUUGCCCCCGACCGCGAGUCGCUGCCCGGCGCGGACAAAGCAGAGGCUGAGUCUUUUAGAACUGCGCUUGCCACCCUCAGCUACCCGCCAGACUACACGGAGGUAGCAGUGGGUGGCGGAGCGUUCCUCCAGCCUAUGUCGGCACCCUCGACGGCCGAGUUCAAGAUGGACCCUCUGCGCGAGGAGCUGGAGGAGUCCUCGCCGUUCUACAUCAGCAACAACAACCACAGGCUGGCUGCCGAGCAGAACUGGGCCAACCUGGCCACCGAGCAGCAGACUCAGGAGAUGAACGCCGCCUCCCCCUCCCCUUCCUCCUCCUCGUCUCGCUCCUCCAACAACGGACGGCAAGCCAAAGAAGCCGCUCCGCACGCCAGCGCCCCCACCUCCCCUGGCUGUGGUUCGAGUGCCGGGCCAGAGGAGGGGCACGUCACCACCACGGUGGAGAUGCACGAGCCGCCCAUCAUUUUCACUGAUGCUCGACGACUGAGCAGGGCUAGUAAAGCCAGCAGUGCGAGAGCGAGGCCCAAUGAUUUGGCGGUGUAGUGGCUCUCCACUGCAAAGCGCAGGUUUUUGUGGACAAAAACACAAAAAAAUACACCAAAAAACAAGAGGAAGAAAGAGGCAGAUUGCUGGAACAAAAAUGUUAAUUCCAUUAAUUAUUUAUUCCAUUUUGCAAUGUAAAAUUACAAAGAGUUUAGUCAUCUCUUAUGGCUUAUGAAAGAUGGCUUCUGAAUGCUGGUUAGUUUUAUGCAGUAGCUGAAUGGAGCAGUACAUCUGAUGCAGGUUAUGGUACACCAGAAUCUCAAUGGUUCAUUAAACAAAUGUCACUUAAAUUAGUCUUAUGACAAGGCCUUAAUGUAAAAAUGUCCAUGCAGUCUGUUCAAUUUAUUAAGUAUAUAUGUGACC